CCGGGGAGGAGGAAGGGCGCGCAGUCCCGGCCCAGAGCUUCAAAACAGCCCGGCGGCCUCACCUCGCGCCCAGCCCGUGUGUCCGUCAGUCCAGCCGCCCGCGCUGCCGACUGCGCCCGCACAUCCUUCUCUGGGCUUCAGUGUGACCCCUCGACCCACCUCGCUCUGUGAACAUGUUGGUGCUUCUUUUCUUCAUCAUUGCCUUCCACAUCACCUCUGCAGCACUGCUAUUCAUUGCCACCAUCGACAAUAACUGGUGGGUAGGAGAAGACUUUUUUGCAGAUGUCUGGAGGGUGUGCGUCAACAACACGAACUGUACAGAAAUCAAUGAAAACUUUGUAGAUUACUCCACACUGCAGGCCGUGCAGGCCUCCAUGAUCCUGUCCACCAUCCUCUGCUGCAUCGCCUUCUUCAUCUUCCUGCUGCAGCUCUUCCGCCUCAAGCAGGGGGAGAGGUUCGUCCUGACUGCCAUCAUCCAGCUCAUGGCCUGUCUGUGUGUCAUGAUCGGUGCUUCCAUUUACACCGACCGCCGAGAAGACUUUCACAGAAGCAACGGUGUCUACUUCCAGACCUCAGAAGGCAGAUACGGCUACUCUUUCAUCCUGGCCUGGGUGUCCUUCUCCUUUACCUUGGUCAGCAGCCUAAUGUACACGAUCCUGCGGAAGCGCAAAUAGGGCUGGGGAGCCGGGUCACUGCUACACAGAAUCCACGCCAGAUAACUGUUUUGUAUAUAAUCAUUUUUUUGUGGUUUUUCUAGCAAACAUAUUGUUUCCUUUAGAAGCCAAAAGGAAAAAAAAAAAAAGUGGAGGGAGAGAGGAGUUUUUGCAUUUUUGAGAUCAGAGAAUAGGCUGGUAUUCAGAACUCCUGCCCACCCAAGUCUCUGCAAGACAAAGGCACAAUGCAGAGAGCACUGGGCAGGACAUUUCUUAACCCUGGGGCUGGGGAGCAGUGUGACAAGACCUGUUUGGGUCUCUGGGAGGUGUUUCCUAUAGGGCUUGGCCUUGCCCCUCCAUUCCCCUCCUCAGCUUUCCUUCCUGAGUCUCUGUCUGAGGUGGAAGGUGAAGUGAGGAGGGACCCAGGUGAGGGACGACAAUGUCCUCAGUCGAUGAGCCCAAGUUCACAGGAGAACCAGGUGUAUACAGCCCCUGAUGUCCUGUCUUCAAGGGAACCAGAGCCCGCGCCCUCCUGCAGUGGGCUGGGGUUGAUACCCAGAUUUGCUGUCAGCGUCUCUUGCUUGCCUUAGGGACAGUCAUCCUCCAGAUGGCUCUCAGAUAUAGGCAAAGAAUCUCCACAAGUGAUUCCAUGGAGCAUUUUUUAAAAUGCAGACUCUAGGUCCACUCCCUGGACCCUUAGCAUAGGUCUUCAAGGGAUCGGAAUCUGCAUUUCUAACAAGCUCCUUGGAAGGUGCUGGGAUGCCCUGGGUUGGGGAUCACAAGCCCCAAGCCAGGUGAGCAGGCUGCUAGCAGACUUGUGUUGAGAAGGCCCACUCCAGGCCAGACCUUGGCCUCUACCAGCUCUCGGUUCUUGCUGUCUCUUCCACAGCUGUUUACAUCUGGGCCACCUGUGCUGCACCCCCGGCAUGUGUCCCAGUGGCUCCUCACCUCUCCCAGGCCUCUUCCUUCCCUUCUGGCCCUGUACCCUAAAGCUGGCUGCCUCUGUUAGCCCCCAUUCCUGCAGCCCCAGAGGACCAUCCAUCCUUCAUUCAUUCACUCACUCAUUCAUUCAUCAACAUAAAUCCUGGCAAAUUUGCUGCAUGCCAGGGACCAGGGACUCCCUCCAAGACAGUCUCUGUCCUCCUGGGGCUCAGUCUAGUGGAGGAGAGAGACCAGGUAGGAAAAACUACAAACUCAGAUGGAGCUACAGAGGGCACAACUGAGAAUUCAAAACAGUCCCUGAGGUUGGAGGGAGCCUGCUUUAUGUGCACCUGUUUUCAAAUGCCCCAAGGCAUUAGACCCACCUAAAUAUAGCUCCAGUCAGCUCAGACAGAUGGCAUUGGGCAGUGCCUGUCUGUAUUGUACCCAGAUGACACUUCUGAGGAGGCCCCAUGGACCCCACAGCAGAUGAGGCAAAAGAGGAUCCCCUAGAGGCGUGGUUCUGGGCAGCAGAGCCAUUUGGGUGGAUCUCAGGUAUGGCAGGAUCAAUACCAUCCAGCAUGACCUCAGGGGUUUUCCUGGCUGGCUGCCCCUCAGUCUGACAUCAGGGCCCACAUCCAUCGGUGACACUGAGGUUUGGAAGACACGAGAGAUGCUUCUUCCCUGCUGUGUGAUGUGCAUUGGGGAAGGUGGAGAAAGCUGAUGAAGUCAGGGAGAAAAUAUCCACCCGUCUUCCCCGUAGGUAGAAUCAGCCCUCAGUUGGUGCUUAUCAUCAGUUAUUCAAGAACUACAACCAAAUUAGCUAAGAUGUCCAAGAAGCAAAUAUUAGGACCAAAUUUAAAAACUGUAUUUGAAGGAACUGUAGUUUGUGCAUCUUACGACAUUUUUAUAAAGUACUGUAAUUCUUAAUGGGGGGGCAUGUGAUGGAGGCAGACUAACUUGUUUUGUUAUUUGCAUUAAAAUUAUUUUGGGUCUCUGUUCAAA